AUUUUGAAAGGGGAGAGCUUGACACCGGAAGUGUAACAUUCAGUGAAGCAAGAAAACAAACGCAUGUGGCUCGGCUUUAAGUUACAGAUACAUUCAUCUCUACGUGAUUCAAAAGUGAUUCUCAGCUGCUGUCGAGCUGCCUUUAAACACUGCCUUCCUUACAGAGACACAAUUACUCUUUUCUUUCUUUCAAGCUGGUGGAGGAACCUGAAGUUCACCUUUGAUAAUGUCACAGGCCACCAAACGCAAGCAUGUUGUGAAGGAAGUUCUUGGAGACUUUGUCACUCCCACAGAGAACCAGCAGAUAGUGAAGGUUACUGGUAGCCGUGGUAACAACCUCCAUGAAGCUGUCACGGCGCAGGGCGUGACGUUCCUGGUGAGCAUGCCCCCCAAGUUCCGCAAGAACCUCUGGAUCAAGAGAGGAGACUAUGUGAUAGUGGAUCCCAUUGAGGAAGGAGAGAAGGUGAAGGCAGAGAUCAGCUUCAUUCUCUACAAAGAUCACAUUCAGAACCUGCAGAAACAGCAGCUCUGGCCGGAGGGAUUCACAGAGGAGCCACUGGAGCCGGAAAAGAUAAAAAAAGGGCAGGAAAAGAGAGAGGACACGGAGGAUAAAGACGAAGAAGACUUUAGUGACUCUGAGGAUGACGAGAGCGACCUUUUUGUAAACACCAACCGCAAUAACUACCAGUACAUUGAGAGCGAGGAGGAGGACAGUGAUGAGGAAGAAGAAGAUGGCAAAGAGAAAAGGACAGAAAAUGGUUCGUAGUGGCAGAGAUGAGGAGGACACGGACAAUCAGGAGAGCCAACGAGAGCUGUAAAAGAAAUCAUGAGUCAGCACCCUGCUGAUAUCGCUGACUAAGUGAUGAUGAUCUGAAACCUCGAUCCUCAUGCAACUGCUCGCUCUAGGUAGCCUGUUGUUGACGCAUCAUUGAACGGACUUGUAUUUAAAGGACCAGUGUCAAGAAUGUAGAGCAGAAAAUAAUUAUAAUAUUCAUAACUGUUUUCCAGAGUGUAUAAUCACCUAAAACUAAGAAUUGUGUUUUCGAACUUUCCUUUUGCGUGUUGAAGUGGCAGUCUUAACUUGGUUCAAGAAUCCACAUGGCUGAAGAAGCAGUAGAUUGUGCUGCGUUUGUGAAGGGUUCAAGAACCCAACAUUUAAUACAUAGGGGAAUCAAAUCCACACACUGAUCUUUUGAUGGAACGAAAUAAGUUUUGCCGGUUAUAUGCUUUAAGAAAAUAUGCAAUAUCAAACUUGACCUGAAAUUGAAAAAGAAUGCUGUAUUACUUAAUGAUCACUUUCUACUGUACUUUCAGUGUCUUACUGAAAAUGACCUCUAGUGCUGCCUUUACUUGUUCACCAAUAUAACAGCUCAUAAUGUUCUUAUGCAGGAUAAUGUAUAUGUAAACUGUUCAUCGAUUCAUACCGCAUAGGACAAAAUGAGACUGUUAGACACUCACAACAAUUAAAUACUCAAAACUAAUGACGGAACACUUGAAUGGUUAUUCUGUUUGUUUAGGAGUUGUGUGUGAGGUGUAACACACUUACAGUUUUGCCGCUCCUCAAGAGGCCAUUGUUUGGACUUUUGCCGCUCUUUGUAUUAAUUUGAGUUGACCUCAAGCUGUUGUAUAAGCUGCCAUUGUGAUCGCUUUGUGCAUCAUCUGACAUUCCUUACCCGGUCUCUGAUUUUGGUUUGUGUAAUAAUGAAAGUUUUGAAA